AUGUUGCAUAGUCCAUAUUCACAACCGACUCGCUCAUUACCAAGAAUUGUCCUACUAAUCAACAAGCUUUAUCACAUUCAUUCUCGUCAACAAGAUGAAAUUUAUAUCGAUUAUUGUGCUGUCGCUAUUGUCGAUAACAAAAAAAUGGUAGCAGAUUGCCUAGCUCGAGCACAGAAGCGUAGAUCUAGAUAUGCUGGUGAUUACUCUUCAACGGGAACAGGACAGCAACCUACUGAAACCAACCAUGUCAUAACUCAAUCGACUGCAAAUUCUGAUAAUUUGGACAACUCUGUCAAACAGUCCAAUGGGAAAAUGGUAGAAGAAUCUCUAGCUCGAAUAAAGCAGCGUAAAUGUAAAUACACUGGCGAUUGUUCUUCAACCGGAACAGGACAACAGUCUACUGAAACCAGCCAUGAUGUAGCUCAAUCAACCGUAGAUCCUAAUGAUUUGGACAACUCUGUCAAACAGUCCAAACAGUCUGAUGAAUCGCCGUCAUCCUCUCAGUCCAAACAGUCUGAUGAUAUAUUUGAUAUCACAACAUGUAGUGAUCCCUAUCCUCUUCCCGAAAGCUAUGUUUCAAAGAACGAACAGUUUAUUCUCACACCUCGGCAAAAACUGGAUAGGAUCGAAAGAAUGAUGAAAAAGAUAGGUAUGGAUAUUCCAAGUGGAGCUGAAAAUACAUAUCCAUACAAGGUGAAUGCCGAGGCAAAACAGAGAAUACAAGAAGCUAUACAAACGGGGCGUAGAAUGACUCCAUUUGAUAGAAGGAAUCUAAUGAGACUGAAACUAGCAAAAGCAUGGAUUUGUUACAAUUUGGAACUCGAGUCGUUCAAGGAAAUGUCGAUAAACGCUGUAUCUGAGCCUACUCCAAAACCAAAUCCAAAACCAUCCGAAUCUACUUCUAAAUCUCAUGGUUCAAAACAGAGUUAUUUCAAAAUCCAUCAGUCAAAAUCAAAUCGUCAAGAAAAUCAAUCCACUUUAUCAGCUUGGAAACUUAAACUCAAAAUUAAGAAACCUAAACUACCAAAACUGACAGUGUAUAGUAAAUCAAUGUUUGGAAACUAG